UAUUUCUGUUCCUCAUUCUUUUGUGUCUCGCAGGAGCUCUUACAUAAACAUCGCGUAAUGUUCUGAUCAUUUAUUUUAGUAAAUUGUGUUUCGAAUUGUUAAAAAAAUCGUGUCCUUCUUGUGUUACAAAUUAUAUAAUUUUUCACUGGAUUUUUACUUUAUUUUUACUUUGUUGUCUUUUUUUUUUUUAUUUAUUUUCGCCAAAAAUGAAUCAUUUUUCCAUAAUAUCGAUAACUAUAUCUUUACUACCCUUAAUAUUAACUAUCGAUUGUGUACUCGGUCUAUAUGAAACGGCACCUCACAUUAUUGUAUUCAUGGCUGAUGAUUUGGGGUGGAACGACGUUGGUUUUCAUGGAUCGAAUCAAAUACCAACUCCCAACAUUGACGCUCUCGCAUACAAUGGAAUUAUAUUAAACAGGCACUACGUUCUACCGUCAAGCACACCAUCUAGGAUAGCUUUUUUCACCGGCCUUUACCCGAUUCGUAUCGGGAUGCAAGGGGAUGGAAUUCGUGGUGGCGAGCCACGCGGUCUUCCGUUGCACAUAAAAAUUUUGCCGGAGCAUUUACGAGGCUUGGGAUAUACGACGAAAUUAAUUGGGAAAUGGCACAUGGGAUACCACACGCCCCAGUACACGCCAUUGCAUAGGGGUUUCGAUACGUUCUUCGGUUUUUACAACAGCCACAUCACGUAUUACGAUUACGAGUAUUCGAAUCAGAAUAUGACCGGAUACGACAUGCAUCGUGGGGAUGAUCCGGCGCAUGGAAUCAAGCGCGAAUACGUGACAGAUCUGUUCACCAAGGAAGCGAUCAAGAUCAUCGAGAAUCACGAGCUUCCUAGACCUCUUUACCUUCAGAUCUCGCAUCUAGCGGUUCACGCACCCAUAGAACAACCCGACGACUCGAGCAGCGACGAGAUUAUACAGAUUCGCGAGCCAAAUCGGCGAAAAUACGCCAAAAUGGUGUCGAAAUUAGACGAAUCGGUUGGUCGUAUAGUUCACGCGUUAGGGGAGAAAGGAAUGCUGAGGGACUCCCUAAUCCUGUUUCUCACCGAUAAUGGAGCAGCUUCGAUCGGUAGAUACAGAAAUUACGGCUCGAACUAUCCAUUAAGAGGAACAAAAUACACUUUGUACGAAGGAGGGGUGAGGGGAGUGGCGGCAUUAUGGUCGUCGAGAUUGGAGAAAGCGGCCCGCGUUUUCAAGAAAUUGAUACACAUAACCGAUUGGUUGCCCACACUUUAUUCAGCAGCCGGUGGUGAUCUAAAGGAUCUGGGCGAGAUCGAUGGGAUCGAUCAAUGGCGCGUGCUUAGCGAGGAGCAAGGGCGCGGCAGAGAGAAACUUCUGUUAAAUAUCGACGAGGUUAUGAAAACCGAGGGGGCGAUAUACAGCCGGUUCAAAUUGUUGCGAGGUUCCAUUGGGAACGGUUAUUACGACAAAUAUUAUGGGGAUUCUGGAAGAACGUUAGAGACGCCACCGUACACGGAAGUGGUGUUGAAAAGCGCUGUUUCUCAAAGUAUCACCUAUCAUCUGGGCGGCCCAGUGACACAGCCAAGCACAAUGAUACAAUUGAGGCGGGAAGCGACCGUCCAAUGUCAUCCGAAUGUGACGUAUUACUACAGACACUCGUUCACAUUUUGUAACGUGACGGAAUGUUUAUUCGAUAUAGUGAACGAUCCAUGCGAAACAAAAAACAUCGCGGAAGCUUAUGCCAGAAUCGCAAGAGAUUUGGAUCUUUACCUGGAACAGUAUGGUCGUGUUUUAAUGAAGCAAAUUAGAAAACCGGUGGAUUGGUUGGCCGAUCCAAGAAGAAGGAACAAUACGUGGGAGCCAUGGAUGAAUUCGAAAGCCGCGAUAUACGUUCAAAACAUCGGAACUGUAUUCGUCAAUUUAGCAUAUUACAUUCAUGUCUCGAUCAUUUUUAUUUCGAUAUUGAUGAACAAUUUUAUCUGAUUGUAUAAUAUUUGUCCGAAAUCGAUGUUACAGCAGCAUCGAUAAAUUAUCAAAAUUCAAUCGAUAUUUGAUUUCGAAACGACACGAUGUUUUAAUACGACAGGAUAACGACUUGAGUAACUUCGUAACACUCCAGUGUCUUCCAAUUUUUUUCUUUUUUUUUUUUUUUUAAAUUCACGAUCCCCUUUUGGAAUGUUUAAAUAUGACUUUCUCUCCAUAUAAGGUAAGAAAAAUAUUUUCGUAUCAUGGAUUUGAACUUAUAUAAAAGUGAAAACGUAUAACUUUUACAAUUCUAUUGGAUAGCAUGAUCGAUUUGUUAUUACGAUUGUUAUUGUUAUAAGCAUAAAUUCACCUAUAAAUAUAGUCACGUAAAUUCGUUUAUGUUAAAAAUAAAUGUAAAAAGUAUGGCUGGCAGACCUUAGACUUGACUGAUAAAUUCUGGCGAUAAAUAUAAUUAACGAGACAGAAAUUGAAA